AUGAUCUAUGGCUUGUCAUUAAGGUUAUCUGAAGUUGGGAUUGGUGAACCGGGUACAUAUUCCUUUCGUGUUGUUCACGUUCCCUUUCGAAUCUAUAUUUUCUCCCAGGUUGGCAGAAUGAAAUCGUCGUUCUAUACGCCUUUCUUUUUUUCUUUCUUUCUUUUUUUCUUUAUUUCUUUCUUUCUUUCUUUCUUUCUUUCUUUCUUUCUUUUUUGUGUACAUUUAGUUCUUUCUUUCUUUUUUUUCAGUAGAGUUUGUAUUCUUUCUUUUGUCUACUAUGUUUUUUCUGUACACUUCUUUACUUCUUUCUUUCUUUUAUUCUACAGACUUUAUACUCUUUCUUCUGUCUAUUCGAUUUUUCUGUCUAUCUCGUUCUUUCUUUCUUUCUUUUUUCUUUCAAUAUUAUUUAGUUUUCUCUGUACAUCAUUCUUUUUUUCUUUCUUUUCCUUAUUACUGACUGUAUUUUUUCUUUCUUUUAUUCUUUUCUUUCUUUUAUUCUUUUCUUUCUUUUUUUGGUUCUUUAUCUUUUUCUUUCUUUCUUUCGUUCGUUCUUUCUUCGCAGUACCUUUUUCUUAUGUCGUUUCUAUUGUUCUCUUUUUCUUUCCUUCCUUCCUUGAAGUUUCUGUUCUUUCUUUCUUUCUUUCUUUCUUUCUUUCUUUCUUUCGUCUUUCCAGUAGUGUUUGUCCUCUUUCUUUCUUCUGUGUUCUUCUUUAUUCUCUCUUUCUUUUUUGCUUCUCAGUAACAAUUAUAUUCAUUUUACAUUGUUUGAUUUUAUCUUCCUUUUUUGCAUUAAUGAUUCUUUCUUCCUUCUUUUCUUUCUUUCUUUUUUUUACAAUGAAGUUGCUAUUAUUUAUUUCUCUUUACUUCUCUCUUAUUUUCUUUUUGUUUUUCUUUCUUUAUUUCAUCUAUAAUAUUUUACUCUUUCUUUCUUAUGCACACUUCUUUUCUCUCUCUUUUUUUGCUUCUCAUUAA